CCCCGCCCACCUCCUACUCCUGGCCUCCCCCGGCGCAGCUCACUCCCCGCCGCCCGCAGCCUGACACGCCGCGCGGCCCCCCAGUCUUCUGCGGCCGCCUCCCCCAGGCAUGGCACAGGGCCUCUCCUCACUAUGGCAGCAGCAAGGCACAGCACCCUGGACUUCAUGCUCGGCGCCAAAGCUGAUGGUGAGACCAUUUUAAAAGGCCUCCAGUCCAUUUUCCAGGAGCAGGGGAUGGCAGAAUCGGUGCACACCUGGCAGGAUCAUGGCUAUUUAGCAACCUACACAAACAAAAAUGGCAGCUUUGCCAAUUUGAGAAUUUAUCCACAUGGAUUGGUGUUGCUGGACCUUCAGAGUUACGACAGUGAUGCACAGGGCAAAGAAGAAAUUGACAGUCUUUUGAACAAAGUAGAAGAAAGAAUGAAAGAACUGAGUCAGGAUAGUACUGGUCGAGUGAAGCGAUUACCUCCCAUAGUUCGAGGAGGGGCCAUUGACAGAUAUUGGCCUACUGCUGAUGGACGCCUGGUUGAGUACGACAUAGAUGAAGUAGUAUAUGAUGAAGAUUCACCUUAUCAGAACAUUAAAAUUCUACACUCGAAGCAGUUUGGAAAUAUUCUUAUCCUCAGCGGGGAUGUUAAUCUGGCAGAGAGUGAUCUGGCGUAUACCCGGGCUAUCAUGGGCAGUGGCAAAGAAGAUUACACUGGCAAAGAUGUGCUGAUUCUAGGAGGCGGAGAUGGGGGUAUAUUAUGUGAAAUAGUCAAACUGAAACCAAAGAUGGUCACUAUGGUAGAGAUUGACCAAAUGGUGAUUGAUGGAUGUAAGAAAUAUAUGAGAAAAACAUGUGGUGACGUCUUAGACAAUCUUAAAGGAGACUGCUAUCAGGUUCUAAUAGAAGACUGUAUUCCAGUACUGAAGAGGUACGCCAAAGAAGGGAGAGAGUUUGAUUAUGUGAUUAAUGAUUUGACAGCUGUUCCAAUCUCCACAUCUCCAGAAGAAGAUUCCACAUGGGAGUUUCUCAGAUUGAUUCUUGACCUCUCAAUGAAAGUAUUGAAACAGGAUGGGAAAUAUUUUACACAGGGGAACUGUGUUAAUUUGACUGAAGCCUUGUCACUCUAUGAAGAACAGCUCGGGCGCCUCUAUUGUCCUGUGGAAUUCUCAAAGGAGAUCGUCUGUGUCCCUUCAUACUUGGAAUUGUGGGUAUUUUACACUGUUUGGAAGAAAGCUAAACCUUGAAGAUGAAUAUCCCCCAAUCAUGUGUGCUGCAAACAGCUUUCCUGACCUCUGAAUGCUGUACAUGACAUUAAAAAGAGUCGGGCAAUUGAUUGUGAACUCCUUAAAGUUUCUCUUCUUUUAAUUAUUAUUUUUAAUUUAAAAAAGCAAAUGGAAAAUGUAUAUUUUGAUGAGCUAGGGUGUUAUUUUUGGAAAGUCAGCUGAAGGGCAAUUAGAUAGUACAGCAAAGACUGCGAAGUGCACUGACCCCUUAGAAUGUGAUUUUUGUUACUUUUUAGUUCUGUGUGGGUUUUUUUUUUUUUUUUGUUUCGGUUUUGGUAGACCUAAAUUUGGAUGUUUGGAGGAAUGAACAUCAUUUUUUUGUUCUGGAGGGAAGUUCUUGGUUUGAUUUCUUUCCCCCAAAAUGGAUUUAGAUAUCAAAAUUUGGUGCUUAUAAGAAAGUUAAAAAAUGAAUAGCAAUGCUUCAAUUAAAAUAACAAAGGAGACA